GUAAUUUCCGUUUUGGCUAAGAUAGUCAGAUAUAGAUAGUCAGGAACAAAAAUCAUCAAGCUAUGACAAAUGCACACAAUCUGUCUGAAGAAAGUACAGUUGAGAGUUGACUGUGAAGAGAAGAACCAUGUUUGAAGUUAGUUGUGCUGUUUUGGGAUUAUUUGUGACCAUUGGGUUCCACAUAGCAGAUGGAGACUCCACUUUUCACCACAAAGUAGGAGAAAACAUCAGUCUGCCGUGUGACAAUGUGGUUUACCCAAACUGCUCCUCUACUACAUGGAACUUCAAGAGCACUGAGCUGGUUAAUCUUGGAGUUAUAAAAAAAGAUUCUGGCAGAGCAGAGAGACUGAGUCUGGGGUCCAACUGUUCUCUGAUGGUUGUUAAUUUCAAAACUGAGGAUGCUGGACGCUACACCUGUCGACAAUAUCUCAGAAAUGUAGGGAAACAAACUGGGACAGAUGCAGUGGUACAGCUGUCUGUUCAAACCAAUGAAAUCACUACCUCUGCAUCCUCCAUUUCCCCAAUCAUGAAGGGUUUUACAACACCCCUCUCCACCACUUCAACAUCUCCAGUUACUGCAGCAGUUACUGCAGCAGUUGGUGGAGCCAUAGGUGCAGUCCUGCUCUGCCUCCUGGCUGUCAUCAUCAUAGCUCACAAGAAGAGAGCCAAAAACCAAAAGCCAAACAAUGACUCUCUUGCUCUGACUAAAGACAUUGUUAGUAACACCACAGAGAACCAGCAAACCCAUCCUACUAAUGAGGACAAGGAUGGAUAUGACGAUGGCCCCACCUAUGUCACCAUCAACCACCCCAGCCAAAACAAGGCUGCUCCUAAACCAGAUACUCAGCAGGAGGACAUGGUGACAUAUGCCUCAGUCAAUCUCUCCUCAUCUAGAAGAAACUAGAGAGCCAUCGAGCAACACUGGUGACCACAGAGAUCUCUCUCAACCAUCAACAAACCUCGGGGAAAGAAAAUAAAUAAUGAGAACUGUUGCAGUCAUGCCACAUAUUGCAAUUUUUCAUGUUAUAUCACCAUUUAUGAAAACCAUUUAUACAUUGAUUUAUUUUACAAAUUACGCAUUGCUUCUACUCUGAUAUACUCUAUUAUACCUAUAAAUCCCAUUUACAAUACACCUGUAAACUCCUGUAAAGGAAAGUACUGCAGAGUAGUGGUCUUCUGUUCAUGUGCCGAUUCAGAGAAGAGGAGAUUGACUCAUCAAAGUAGCAUAACAGCCAAACACACUUGUGGCAUUCUUUUUACAAAGGAAAUCAAGUAUUUUUUGGAAGGUUCUUCCCAACACUCUAGAAGUUCCCACAUAUGUGUUGCACUUGUAGGUUGUUUUGCUUUCACCCUUCUGUCCAAUUCAUCCCAAAUCAUCUUGAUAGGGUCUGUCUGGACAGACUGCUGGUCGUUCCAUGAUUUGAAGCCGACCGUCUUGUUUUUUCAUCUAAGGUAGUUCUGACAUAGCCUUGACGUAUGUUUUGGGUCACUAUCUUGCUGAAAGAAAAAUCCCUGACCAACUAGGUGUAUACAAGACGGUAUUUCAUGGUGUUGUAAAAUGCUGUGGUCCCCAUUUUGGUUCAUGGUGCCUCUCACUGUCUGUAAGUCGUCGACUCUAGAUCCAGCAAAAGAGCCUCAGACCAUCCCGCUUCUUCCUCCAUGUUAGACAGUGGGUUUCACACACUGAGGAACCAUCCUUUCCCCUACUCAUCGACGUACUUAAACCCGGCAUGAUGCUUCCUCAUGUAUUCAUAGGUCCAUAGACCUUCUCCUAGUCUUCAGUAGUCCACUUGCAGUGCUUCAUGGCCCAGGCAUGCCUCUUUUUCUCAUUUUGCCACCGUAGCAAUUUAAUGCCACUUGACCUGUCAAACCUGCAGCUCAAAGUCUUCUGUUCACAGUUGAAACUGAGACUUGCUUACUUUGACCGGUGUUAAGCUGUGCGUAAAGCUGUUGUCCUGUGAGCCGCCUAUCACGUGGGUUGUUGACUAACAUGUCUUCUGAAUCCGUUGUGGCUUUGGGUCUGCCUGACUUCUUCCUGUCAGAGUUUUCUCAAUUUUCCAAGAGCCUUUUGAUGAUGCAUGAGACUGUAAUCACUAACACCAAAAUAAUCAAACUUAUCAAUACUGCAUGCCAUUUUAAUUUUUGUGCAAAUUCAUAUGAAAUUGAUUUUACUGUCUGAGAACUUAUUAAAGAGAGGAAUACAGAAUGACCAAUGCACACUUCCUUAUUCUU